AUGUUCCCCAACUGGAGCCCUAAAGAAUGCGCCAGAUGGCAAGGCCGUCUAACCAACUGGUUCAACCAGCGUGUUAACGACCACGUCGACGCCCGAACACGACGCGAGUUUCAAGCUCUCAUGGAUUCGUUUCCCAUGAACAGCCUGAAUUUCGAACACAGCUGCCUAGAUGCCACAUUUGGGAUCCGCCAUAACCCAUCUGGUAAUGGGGUCUGGGAGUUACGGGACAGCGAGUUGGUGCCAGUGAGCCAGUGUCUCCUAGCCUUUGAACAAGACACCAUCGACCCCAGCACCGGCUGGAUCCCCCGGACCCCCUGGAAGAAACCCCUUAUCCGCACACGACUAAACAGCAUCCUGCAAUGCCUCUCCGAGAUAAACGACGGAACCGUCUCGAUCGUCGCGGACCUCAAUGCCGGAUAUUGGAUGUUCGAGAAAAGCAACACCCGCCGGUUGGUCACGUACAAGGGCGCCAGGGUGUUUCUGAAUUGCACGACCCAUUACAUGCUCUGGCAUGGGGGUGCGCAGGAGCUGGAUGUUAGUCUUGUUGUUGUGGAGGCGGCGAGGGAGGGGAAUGCGUUUUCUGCUAUGCGGAUGGCGCUGCCUUCGAUGGCAAUGACCCAUCGGGCGAGAAAGGAUGCGGAUAGACUGAACUGUUCUGUGUUUGGGAUCGGCACGGACGGACAUCAAUGGGUGUUUGCUGCAAUCGAUAAUAACUCUGAGUACUCCUGGAUUAGCAUAGACUGGGACACCCUCGAAAACCGGACUCAAAUAGUGAGCCACCUGAGCCGGAUCAUGCGACGGGCAGCCUUUCUGGCAACUGGGAGCAGCAAUAUCCCAGGACCCAGCGUCAGUCAGAUCACCGGGUGCACAAUCACGAACGAGGCCAUGGACGACGAAAACUAG